CCACUCCCCCGAGCUCCUCCGCCCGAGAGCCCGCCAUGUCGCUGGCCUUGGCGGAGGAGCAAGAAACCUUGGACCUCCAAGGUCAAGACUUGGGCCGCAAAGGUGCUCAGAGGCUUGCUCGCGCUGGGCGACCGCAUCAAAGUCUUCGGGAAUGGAAUUGAGCCGCCUGUACAAAGCUAACUGAUGCUGGCAUUGCCUCCGUGGCGGGCGCGCUGCAGAGGCUGGGGAUGGAGGCCUUGGCGUCCGCUGAGGCCGCUGCUCCUGGCCGCUGGGAUGGCGCAUGGUGGGAACACGAAAGAAGAGACGGCACAAGGAGCCACAGGGCGGAAUCCGGCGCGAUCUCCUGCUCGGUCGCCUUCGCGGACAACGAGGGGGGAGGAGGCUUCAAACAGCUCGACGGCGGAGUCGCACUCGCACCCCACCCAGCCGCAGGGUUCCGGAGCGAUCCAACCCGGCCCUGGAACAGUUUCUCAUCGACCAUGAGCUCAAUGAAAAGGCAACGCAGGUUCUCCGCCUGAAGUGCAGGAGCAACUGCUACGAACCAUUCGCUUGAACUGUGCAUACAACCCUUCGGGGGUGGUGCUCCAGAAGCUCCGGGAGCUCGGACUCCCACGCGACGCUUGGAGCCGCGCGACGGGAGACGAGAGACCCGAGGCGACCGGAGACGGGAUGGACGCCUUCGCGGAUGCCUUCUCGGCACGGAGGAUGCUGCUUGAAAGAAUCCUGGGAGAGCCAGACUUUGCACACUACCAAAGUGAGAGGCGACACGAAUUGGUUCCGGUGAAGCAGAUCAAACUAGUUCAAGAAGACCCACUCGCUGGAACUCCUGUCCUCAUCCGAUGGUACUUCAACAACUACACCUUGGUCUAUGGAUCUCUGUCGCAGGCGUGCUUGAGUCAUGUGAGUCAUGUGCUUGCCUCCAAAAAUUGUUCCAUGGGAGUGGAUGGCACAGCCAUGUGUGCAUGCGUUGGUGGGUUCUAUCAGUGUAUUUUCGGUCAGUUGCUGGGAGUUCUCCUCUUAGUCGAGAGAUUGCAGUCCGAGUUUCCGCCAAAAUCAGCUAGGUUCUCAUGGCAUGCGAUCCAUUCUCUACUACCAUUUGGCGUUUUUUUCCUAUGUGGCCACAAUGAGAUUCUUCCCCGGUUACCAAGUCAAAGUCCUCAAAAGCUGCCCUCCAACCUGCAUGCAGCAUAGCUAAUACGCCAACUUCAGCGCCCCGGAAAGUCCAGUCACGCACCUAGUCAAGGCUGCGACCAUCUUCCGUAGCAUGUUGGACCAGAUUCCGUGCAAACAGGAGCAACACGAAAAAGGGUUGCUCGUAUGUACCUGCGGAGCGCUCUUGCUGUGGCCAUCCGAAUGGUGCGGGCCUGAAGCGAUCAGGCGCCGCAGGGGCCGCAGAGACCCGGCGCCGGGUCUCUCGUCUUUCGUCGGGCUAUGAUCCGCAGUGGUUUGCAACAUUAACAUUGGCUGAAGAGAUUUGGAGGACCCUCCAAGCGCUGCCGGCCUGAGAGAUGCGGCCGUGCUACGCGUGUGCUUGAUGUACUGCGGCCACCUUCGGAAGACUGAGGUGCCAAUGCAGGUGCCAAUGCAGGUGCUGGGCAUGCGCGACAGGAGCGUUUUGACCUCCUGCACGGUGAGGCAAGACCAAGCGGCGUGUGAUGACUGUGUAGCAACAUGAAGACGCAUGGAGAGGUACUGAGAAGCAUCGGGUGAUGAAAUCGUCACUGCCAGAGGAGCCACGGCCAUCGCGCAAAAUGAAGCCGGGACGCGGGACACGGCCACGGCUGGUUGGUCAAGUGAAUCAUCUUCGGUUUGUACGAAAGGGCCAGCAAACCCUUUGGAGGCCCGGAGAUAUUCUGGAGAAAAAAGGGCAGUUGAGGUACUUGGCAGAAAGUGACGAAAGUGAUUGUUCCAGAGAGAAGCAUGUGAAGCAAACUGCUUGGGAUCCAGAUGUUUUGCUCUCUCGCAAAAUCGAACGAUUAAACACAACAGCAAGACAUGGGAGAGUUUGCUUGUUCGCCAGGCUUCUGUUCCACCAUCGAUCAGAUCCUUGGGUUUUUCGGUGGUUUUUUGGUGUUUCGGGCCGCUCCUCCACCUCACCAGCUCCGACUCGCCCAACUGGCCCAAUGGAUCGCCCAGGCAGCCAUCAGUCGU